UGUUUGAGCUCUGACUGGUUGAUUUAAUGAAAGGAAAACACCUCUAAAAUACAUAUACCCAUGUCUUGCAGAUAGAAAUGUCUCCUCUGAUUCUACAGAACAGCCAAGGUCUGCUUGACCUGGUGUCCUCCUGUCCACUACCCCUUCCCAGCUACCGUUACUGGAGAGCCACAGGGUGGUUCAUAUGAGACUGAGAUACUGGGGGUUAAGAGGACCCAGAGCCUGGUUUAUUCCUCAGCAGCCUCCCAACAGACCGGUGGAUUCAGUCGCAGCUGGAAAUAGUGGAAGUGUGGAUUGUUUCAGGAAGAGAAGAAAGGAGAGUUUAAGUAUUGCUUUAGCAGCAGAUGGCUUUGCUUCAGAUUCUUUCAAGCACAAAGGAGAUAUGUGUGCUGGCUUGGUAAUCAACUCAAAACGGGAAAAGAUCAAUUGUUAAAGGCAGUGUGGAUUUGACUUGAAUUUUGCAUCAGGUAAGAAGUCAGAAAAUCCAUGCAACUGUGGCAAAAGUUACUGAAAUACAGCUUUUGAAGGAUUGUUGUAGUCUGUACAUCCUGUAUUUAAAACUGAAUAGAAAAUCUCCUCCACAUUUUAUCUGUGCACCACUUUGGAACUGAAUAAACAGAUGAUGUUUGCAACUGAAAUAUUCACUGGCCACUCUGAAGGGAUGGGACUAUGCAUCUUUCACAUAGGCUCUCAACACUAUGGUAUUUAUUACUAGGGGUGAAGAAUGAGCUCCUGCCAGCUAGUUUCCCAGUAAUUCCUACUUCAAAAAGGAAUUAAGGUUGGAAACAACCUCUUUCUGGCCAGAAAGCUGGACGGGAAAUGCUUCAUGAUGGAUAAAGCCAUUCAGGACCCCAGCAAGAUUCUGGCUAAUCAGACCAUCUCCAACAUCAGCUAUUCUCAGUUCUUGAAUUUUGAUACAUGCCAGCCCUCCUUCCUUGCAGAAUCCUUGCUUAUUACAGCCUACACAUUAGUUACAAUCGUGGGGCUUUUUGGAAAUCUUUGCCUGAUUGUUAUAAUAAAAAGAAGGAAAGAAGCUCAAAACGUCACCAAUAUUUUGAUUGCCAACCUCUCUUUAUCAGAUGUCUUGAUCUGUAUCAUGUGUAUUCCUGUCACAGUUGCAUAUACCUUAAUGGACUACUGGAUAUUUGGGGAAGCUAUGUGUAAAAUAAGUUCCUUCAUACAAAGUGUAUCUGUCACAGUCUCCAUUUUCUCACUUGUACUGAUUGCUAUUGAGAGAUAUCAGUUAAUUGUGAACCCCCGUGGCUGGAAGCCUAAUAUUUCACAUGCUUACUGGGGAAUUCUUUUCAUCUGGGGGUUUUCCCUUGUAAUAUCCAUUCCUUUUUUAGUAUUUCACCAAUUAACUGAUGAACCCUUCAAACACUUGUCUUUCCAUAGUGAUUUCUACAAGAACAAAGUUGCUUGUAUUGAAGCAUGGCCAUCAGUUACAGAAAGACUCAUUUUUACCACUAGUCUGCUGGUUUUCCAGUACUGCUUCCCACUGGGGUUUAUAUUUAUCUGCUAUCUCAGGAUAUUUGUAUGUCUUCGAAGGAGACACGGGAAAAUAGACAGGAUGAGAGAGAAUGAGAACAGACUGAGUGAAAACAAAAGGAUUAACGUGAUGUUGAUAUCAAUUGUUGUGACUUUUGCAGCUUGCUGGUUGCCUCUCAAUGUGUUCAAUGUUGUUUUUGACUGGAACUACGAGGCACUAAUGAGCUGUAAUCAUAAUCUAGCAUUUACAAUAUGCCACCUCGUGGCCAUGAUCUCAACGUGUGUCAAUCCCAUCUUCUAUGGGUUCCUCAACAAGAACUUUCAGAAGGAUUUGGUCGGAUUAGCUCACCACUGCAGAUGCUCAGCGUCAGAAGAGGUAUAUGAAAAUAUUGCCCUUUCAAAUCUCCAAACUGACGCAUCAAAGGGAUCUCUGAAAUUAAAUAAUCCCCCUCUGGAGAUCUAAAAUAAUCCAAUAGGUUCCAAAGUCUUGCACUUUGGUGCGGAUGAACACUUUCUGUAGGUCUAGAUCAUGUCACCGCUGAGUUUAGAGGACAUUGUUGCUGUUUAGUUCAGCAAAAAGAGGAUUAUGCUCCUGUAGGCACACUCUUAUGAUGGUAUUAAUGCUAAUAAACCACCUCCAAGAAUGCUAAAGAUUAAUAAUAAUGAAUUAUAAAGAGUAUACACAUCUUACUUUUUUAAUCCACAAUUUCCAAGUCAUUGGCAUGCUACCUUAGCACAGCUAAAAAUAUUUCUAUUUCAGCCACUGAUGCCGUCGUCCUUCACCAACACCCCAGGAAACCAGGAAUACUGAAGCAUUCCUAACUGCAUCAGCCUUUUCACUGUCUCCUGGCUUUUUAAUUUUACACCCCUCCACUGUUCCCAGCUCUGGUUGAUCUGUAUAACAGUUUAUAGCAGUUCACGGAGUAAGGAAGGCUUUUGGAGUUAUCCUAAGCCUCCACCAUCUUGCUUAGUCCUUACAGGAGAAGUAGGUUUAGUGUCAGGCCCCAAAAACUCUUGUGGCCUUAUGGGAGGGACAGGGCUGCUGAUGGAUGAUCUCCCUUUAGUGCCUCUCCCUACAAGUGCUCGGGCAGUGUGUUUCUGUGGCAUUAAACAGCAAAGUAAAAAAGGCUGCCAUUGCUUUUUGUAGCACCAAUCGUCUGCCCCUGACACCCUGAUCAGAGUGAAGCAAUCAGUCUUUCCACUCUGAAUCUUGGCGUAAGAGGGUCCUUCGUUAGCAGGUGGAAGCUCUCUGAGCAGUGAGACUGCUUCGUAAUCCAAUGCGAAUCAUUAUACUUGUGCCUUGAUUUCUUAUCAUUUCUUUCUUACGCUCUCAUCCGACUCAAGUGCUGAUGCACCAUUUCUGUUCCGAGCUUUCAGCUAUCAAGUAUGUCUUUCCUUAAUGCUGCACUUUAAAAAUCGUUGCUAACUGAAGAGAGUAUCAAGGACAUCACCUUCCCGCUGCAUGUUCUCUCAUUACAUCCACUGCCUUUGCACUCAGUCUGAUGUCUAAUUUCCAGGCAAGUCAAUAGGAGUGAAUUGACUUUGGUAGGAACAGGAACAUCCAAAAAGAAGUUAAUACAUAAGUAUUAUGGACUCCGACAUGGUGUGUGAUGGGGAUGUAUGAAACUGCAAUAUCAGAUACUCAAAGAGUGCUCAAACCUAAUAUUAAACUGACAACUGUUGCCCUGUGUUAGGUAAUGCCAGUAACUUUCUUUUCCCUAUUUUACUGGUAUAGCAACCAGACAAAAUUAUAACAGCCUUGCUCAUGACACUGUUGUUACUUGAUGCAACCAGCUGGAGGACUGUGAGCUUCCCUGGGGGAGCAGAAACAUGGAAUUAACUACGGAAAGCUGGAUGGAGAACCUGAGCUCCAGAAUCUCAUCCAAAUGUACCAACGACCUCUUAGCAGUGAUGGGUUUUUAAAACACUGCAUCUGAGUGGUUUGGUCACAUGGACCAGACCAAUGUACUUACAAACAUCCUUGUGAAUCAAUACAUCCUUACAUGUAUCUGUAUUUUAUGGCUGAUUGGGUUAACUGUAAGCACACGUAACUAGAGCCAGCUGCUCAGAAAGUGACAUUCUUUGUGAAACCAAUUCCAUUGAACAUAGAACUCAAUUGAUUAUCGACUGUAAUCAUGUACGUGGACAAAAGCAGUGCCGUUGCUGUGUGUGAGUUAAAUACUUUGAUUCCUCCUGUCUAUGGACAAAUAAAUAUUACCCUGCAUAAAAUUGC